UAGCGCAAACGGAACCUUUGUGCUCUGGGUGCGGGUGUGUGGGGAAACGGUUGAGUGUGACCACCCUGUCCGUCGCUAUGGCGCUGCUAAUGGUGCUGCGCCGGGUCGGUUUCUGUCCGUGGGCGGGCGAGGCAGACCAAUAUCAGAAGAUAGCAAAAGUUUUCCCAGUUGGGCUAAAGACCUAUGAGCUUCCUCCCAGUUACGAUGAUGUGAUUAUUCCUGAGAAGCCAAAGCUGAAAUUCUUAAAUAAGGUCCCAAACUACAAGAAGCCCAGGCGCUGGAUGAAAAGGCUGGGCGAUAUCCGUGGGGCAGCAACACGGGCCAAUAAAAUUGUCUGGGGACAGUAUGCCAUUGUGGCACUUGGAGGUGGCUACCUGCACUGGGGCCACUUUGAAAUGAUGCGGCUCACCAUUAACCGGCGAAUGGAUGCCAAAACCAUGUUUGCACGCUGGCGUGUGAAUGCCCCCUAUAAACCCAUCACACGUAAAGGACUAGGACAGAGGAUGGGUGGUGGGAAAGGGGCUAUUGACCAUUAUGUCACUCCUGUCAAGUAUGGCCGGGUAAUUAUGGAGCUUGGGGGGAAAUGUGCUUUAAAGGAGGUGGAGCCCUUCCUGUCAGAAGUUGCCAAAAAACUGCCAUUUCCUGCCAAGGUUUUUAGCAAGGAAUCACUGGAGGAGAUGGUCAAGGAAGAGGAGCAGAAAGCCGAAAACAACCAGAAUCCCUGGACUUUUCAAAGGAUUGCAUCUAUGAACAUGAUGGGUAUUCGCAAGGUGUUGAGUCCAUUUGAUUUAAAGUACCAUGGCAAGUUUAGUGGGAAGUUUCGUGUUCCUGGUCGUGUGUGAAAACUAAUAAAUCUGGCAAA